GCUCUCAAUGGGUUUGUGUUGGUCACCACCGCAGAGGGGAUUAUUUUCUACUCCUCACACACAAUUCAGGACUACCUGGGCUUUCAUCAGACGGACGUCAUGCACCAGAGUGUGUUUGAGCUCAUCCACACGGAGGACCAGCAGGAGUUCAGGAGGAACCUGCACUGGGCCCUCAACCCGCCGGCCACCGCCCCCCCUGACCACUCGCCACCUGAUGGGGAACCGGUCAGCAACAUGUCUCUGGUCACCUACAACCCAGACCAGCUUCCCCCGGAGAACUCCUCCUUCCUGGAGAGGAGCUUCGUGUGCCGCUUCCGCUGUCUCCUGGACAACUCCUCAGGCUUCCUG